AGAAUACAAGAUGCACAGAUUGGUAGAAACCCUCUAACGAUUCCUCAAGCCUACAUAAGGAACCUAUUCCAAGCAUCUUACAACGUCGCAUCCAUUCUCACUUUGCUCUUGAUAUCCACCAAUACCAGCCGGACUGCUUCUAUCCCAACAAUAAGCUACAAACCUAAUAUACAAAAUGGACAAACAGUUUCUUGUCAAGAUGCAAAAUAUCAACAACACAACCCUCUUCUCCUCAAAAAGUCUAACAUCUCCGUGGUUGUCGGGAAAUGAGACAUCUUCAAUCUGGUAUUCGGGCCCAGAGAAACCAGCGCAAGGAAUACCAACGACUUCUCUGUUCGAACUACUCCUCGUUAUCAGUCUUCUGGUUAUUCAAUGUGCUCUCCUUCAUCCUAAAUUCAAAGAUUCCUCCUCUGCUCGACUCACCCGACUUUCUUUGGGCCCACUGAUCAUUGGAUGGGCGUUACUUUAUCCCUUUCGUCUACCGGUCGUACCAUUCGAAGAACGAGACAUCCUUCAUGGAUUCCUAGCCGUAAUGAUGAUCUUCAAGUCAAUUGAAUUCACUUUUGCUUCCGGGCCUUACCAUAUGCGUGGUUUGAAAACUGUCGAGGGUGUUCCGGUUUGGGAGAAAGAUUCGGUAGCCAAGCCUUCUCUUGAAGAACCAGAGUCAGGUUUGGGAGACUUGGCUCUGUGGACGGCACUGCUGUUUACCUCCCAACGUGGAUUGAGAUGGUCCUGGGGACCGGUGGGCAAAGGCAAUGAAAGUUCGUUCCUGCAAGCACUCUUGGAAUUGGUUCGGCUCCAAAUGGUGCUCCUCCCAUGUGUGGGAUUUGUACUCUACUCUCAAGAUUGGACCACUUACAGCUCCGACCCGCGAAGCGCGCUUCUUAGUUUAGGCAUCCCUUCGUUUCGAGGACUUGGCCUUGUAGCAGGCGCCAUACAUUCUGCCUGCACAAUGCUGGUUGUCAGCUCCUCGCUCGAGAUGUUCAAUGCAGUCCCAGUACUGUUGACUUAUCCUUUAUACCCAAUGGCCAAAAGCAUCGGUCUUUCACCCAAGUUGUAUGAACUCCUCAACCCAGCAAAUUAUCCUCCUCAGUUCGGCUCUUUGUUCGACUUUUCUUCAUUGGCUAAUUUCUGGGGGAAGUCCUGGCACCAGAAGUUUCGUCGUGCUUUUCUCUUCUGCGGCGGGAAACCGGCAAUGUCCAUCGCCAGAGCCUUGGGUGGUUCAAAAAAUGUUCAGAAAGCUUGCGGCGCCAUGGGCGUCUUUGCUCUUAGUGGGUUUCUUCAUGAAUAUCCCCUGUACGCUUACGAACGCGAGCCCCAUCCAUACCCUCGCCAACUGUUCAAGACCCUUCCCACUAGUUUCCUCUACUUCUUCGUCCAGUCAUUUGGCGUAAUUCUCGAACCAAUUAUUAUCCCCUAUAUCCCCAAAAGGCUGGGCGGGGCAAAGCUUUGGACGAUUUCAUUUUUGUUCCUCACUGCCCCACUCUUCACUCGAGAUGCCUGCCGUCCCGGGGGGCCGUUCAACCGAUACCGUUUCCCGCAACAAUGGACUUGGCUUGACAUGGUCAUCCCAGCUCCUUUUGCAGAGAAAUUGUUAUCUAGCAAGUAAUCAUAGAAGCCUAGCCGUGUAAUAUAAUUUGUUCAACUUCGAGGCUAACCCAGAUCGCACUGUAGACAACCUCUGUCAUUGUAAUACUCCCUUGUAGCACUCCAAUUUGUUAUAUAAAAGUGUAAUAUUUGAU